AUUUCUUUCUUUAUUUUCGUUUUCCUAAGAUUUUAUUCGUUAGGACCACUGCCAUUUGAAAAUUAACUUACCCAACGCUUUAAUACUCUUCGCUUAGCAAACAAACAAUCUAGCACAACUACUGGUGUCAAUGGAGUACUCUACAGCAACCAUAUUUUCGCAGCUAUCCUUAUUUCCCUCAAGACUUCAAACAGAAACCAGAGCUUACCCAUUCAAGCCAUGGCCAUGGAUGCAGAGAACUUCCCAACCUAACCGUCUCCAGUGUCACAAGAUGUACGUCCCUGGAUUUGGGACAUCACCAGAAUCCACUGCAGCCAAACAUCUACACGACUUUUUCAACUAUAUUGCUGUUAAAAUUGUUGCUGCACAGCUUCAGAGCUACAAUCCUGAGGCAUAUGAGGAGCUGAGGGAGUUUCUCGAUAGAAAUCCAUUGAGUGAUGGUGAUAAGUUUUGCGCAGAUUUGAUGAGGGAAUCCCCAAGACAUAAAAAUCUAGCUUUGCGCAUCUUAGAGGUUCGAUCAGCAUACUGUAAGGAAGAUUUUGAAUGGGAUAACUUGAAGCGCUUAGCAUCAAAGAUGGUGGAUGAUUCUAAUAAAAAGCUUAUGAUGGAUUAUAUAGUGGAUACGAGCUGCACAGUAGACGGAAAGCAAAUUUGCUAGACAAAUUCCUGAACAUUCUUGAUCAGGGUGUACUGUAUCAUAUUAUAACUUGUAUUUAAAAGACAAAUUUCUAAGAUGAAGUGAACAACAACCAGAAUAUCCUUAUAGAUUCUUGAUGUAUUGUAACUUGUAUCAAACUGAAAAAUAUAAACUUGUUAUCAUUUAUACAACUCUAAUUGUCAAUAGA